UGCAGAAAGCAGACUGUCGCAGCGACUGACUGACUAUUGGAAAAUAUAAUUACAGCAGAUCAAACUAGCAGAAUAGAAGAAAACACCUCCUCAUUUUAUCAAAUGUUUAAUUGUAGGCAGUGAACAUCACAUCAGGAACUCAAUCACUGCUGCAGGCAUCAAGAUCAAGAAGUAUGGAGGAUUCCAGCCUGGUCAGAUGUGACAGCCUGGAUACUGGGUCAGGGUGUGACAGGGAGGUGAUUGACCAUAUGACCUUUGACCCUGAGGGCUCCGACUCCACAGCAAACCUCGAGCCUUCACCAGCAGAAUUGGCUCAGUGUGAGGCGGAGGUGGGCACACUACUCAGCAUCAUCGCUGAACUGAACAAGAAGAUGGGGUCAUUAAAGGCACCGAGUGAACCAGGGGACCUGAGACCACCAGGACCAUGCAGGCCUUUGGUUCCUGACCUUUUGUCUCACAGACUGGUCAGAAGCAGCCCAGAGAGACAUGUUGUCUCUGCUGCCACAUCUAAACCUGCACUGAUUGACCGAGGGGGCAGUGGUGUAGUGUGGACAAAGCUGCAGGAGGUUUUAUCAUCAGUGGAGGACUCCAUCAGCUGUAGAAGGACCUGGGCCGCUCCCAUCACAGCUUCUGACCAGGACAAGCACGAAGAGCAUCUGAGAGCAGCGCAGGAGAGCUGGGUUAAAGCAGCUGAGAUGUUGGAGGAGAUGGAAAAAGAGUUUGGGAUAUCGUGCCCAUCAGCCCUGCCAAAGGACCAGUAUCAGAGGGACACCGUGGAUCUGGAGAAACAUGACUCUGCUCUCAGAAGCACCUCUCACAGUCACCAGGAGGAGCUGGAGAGAGCACAAAACACAAUCAGCCAGAUGGAGGAGGAGAAGAACAAGCUGGCUGGUCUCCAUAAGGCCUGGAGGUCAGGCAGUCGCUCUCCUUCCUACCGUCCCACUGCUGGGCCUCUUAGUCCAGACUUGGCCUCUCCUCCCUUUCCUGGUUCUCCUUUACUCCACAGAAGAACAGCCAGAGGUCCGACACCUCUGUCUGCUGGGGGAGGCGGCUCUCCACUGGGCUCUGUUAACUCUGGCAGUCCUUGUCCCAGCCCCAUCAGCCUGGAGUCCGAGACAGAACGACUGAACAGGUACAUCGAGAGGCUGAAGGCUAGAAAUGAACGUCUGACUGCAGCUCUGGAGCGAAGGAAGGGAGAGUCGGAGCAGAUCACUAUCACACUAAACAGACUUGAGUCCGACUGCUCUGCCCUGCAGUUGGCUCUCAAAUACUGUGAGGAGUGUGAGGAGGCCUACAGCGAGCUACUGUCACUUUAUGAGAGCAAGAGGCAGCAAAGCAUUCCUCUGCAGACAGACCCAGCAGAGGCUGUCGGUGACAGGCAGCAGCCCGACAGUCCAUCAUCUCAGCUCAGGAACAUGGGAACUGAAGAGCUGUCCACCUCCUUCUCAACAGCAGGGGUCACAGAGGAGACGGAAACACGGAGUUACACAGGGCAGAGGACACCUGAGCUGGUGAAUCGAGAGGCUGCUCUCCGUCAACAAAUUGAGCGUCUGAAGAGGGACCGGGCAGCCAUUUGCCUCCCGAAACCAAGCCCAGGAGUGGAGAGCAAACUGAGCCCUGAAACCGGUCACCCAGCUGGGUCACGAGGGGGACAUGUGGUUAAAGAUAACGUCAAACCUCCUGAUGUGAAGAAAGAGAAGGCUUCCCUCUUCUACGAACUCAUUUCUGUCAGGGAGGAGAUGUCAGAUCUGCGAGCUCUGAUCCGCCUGAAAGAGAAAGACCUGAGGUGUCUGGAGUGGAGUUUAAUGGCCCAGAAGGCCCAGGAAGCAGCUGGAGUUUUCAUCCCUGAAAGUCUCAGAGAGGAGCUGGAGGAGGAUCGUAAGACUGAACAACAGAGGCUCUGUGAGACCACAGCUAAACUGGGUGGUGAUGGGGACAUUGCCGGACCUCGAACCAGGCCCAUUCUGAAAGAGCUCCAGGCCGUCCUGCAAAGGGAACAAGCCCUGAAGAAGAGAUUAGCUUUAGUCCAUGACUCAUUGAGCACAGCUCUCUCAGACAGCGCCUCGCACAGGAGGGACAAUGGAGAGCAGAUUGCACGGCUCACACAAGCUCACAGUAAAGCCUUGAGCUCGUAUCGGCAGAUUCGCAGGAAGUAUCGGGAGCAGGUAUGGCGGCUGGAGCAGAAAGUGGUGGCCAUGACGGAGAGUCACCACAACCAGAGUGGAGCACCAAAAACGGCAGAGGAGGCCGUGGAGUGGAGGAGGGAAGAGACUAUUUUGUGACUCUGUGAUUCUCCAGUAGUCAGCAGUCAGUUCAGGCGUUCUGGCUCUUGAGAAGUAAAUCUAGAGUAUGUAGGCCAAUAGAACAUGGAAAACGCCAUGAAUUCCAGUAUGUGAGUUUCCAGUAAACCGAACAGGAUUCCAGAUCUUAACUUGUCCAACAGGACUCACGCAUCAGAACGAAUUCCUUAUUUCAAAGAAACAGCUGUCAUGCAGUCAUGAAUGCGUGAGGUUGACUCAAGGACUCAUCCCACUGAGGACCUCGGGACUGACCUCGACAAUGCACAUGUCCUUUUUCCCGCACAAGCAGACUCAAUAAAGCCUCUCGCUGGCCGUGCUGUCGUGACAAUGCUCUGAGAAGGGGGAUGGGGCCCAAACAAUGGCUGAUGUGCACACAAAAUGUACAGCCAGCCCGUUUGUCUUCUUUGCACUUUCAUAGUUCUCUCCAUCUCUCUGUCUGUCUCUGUCUCUCUCUCUCUCUCUCUCUCUCUCUCUCUCUCUGCCUUUCACUCUUUACAUUUCUAUUAAAGGGUCAUUUCACCCAAAUUGAGAAAAUAAAAUCUCACUUAUCUCUGGUGGUAUCUAGCCAUGCACAUAGAUUUGUCUAUUUUUGAGCCCUUCACUUUGUCACAGGUUGCAUGUCAGUUACAUGCAGUACAACUCAGAUCGUUUCAUUCAAAGAACUAUGAAGAAAACUAUUCACUGUCACAAUAAAGAAGUGAGCAUUCGAGUGAAGUCUGACAAAAUCAAACAAUUUUUGCAGCAGAAAAUGUUUAUUUCCUUAUUUCCAAUCUUGUUAAUAAUCUCAAAACCCCUCAGAUUUAUUCUGUGAGGUCCUGACCCCACACUGGGAGUCACUGGAUUAAUGUUGGCCUUGAUGAUUUUAGAAACAUCUGCCUUAUCCUUAUGGCAAGUAUAGCAAUAUCUUAACACAUGGACAAAUCUAAAAAUAAGAAAAAUAAAAAACUCAAAUAGUUUGUUUUUUUAUAAUUUGAGUGAACCAACCCUUUAAAACCCCACCAGUUUAUCUCUUACCUUCUCCUCAUAGCCAUCUUUUACUCUUUACAUCUUACAUACACCUCAGUUUCUCCGCCUUUAACCCUCUCCCUCCAUCUUCUCUCCCCGCUCAUCUCUCAAUCAUCUUUGCCCCCUCUCCCCCCUCCAGCCGACCCUGUGCCCUGACCCGCCCGAGCCGGUCAGCUGCAGCUGUGACCGGCGGUCAGGAGGUUAAGGCAAAGGUUGAGUGUCACACCCCCCAGGGUCACAGCGAUGCCUGGCUGUUGUGUUAGCCGGUGAAUGGAGGGUUCAUAGUGCCAGACGAGGUGGCGAGCCCCCGACGCCCUGACUCUUGCCCGAGCUUGCCCUUUCCCGAGCAGAGGUCACCGCAGAGGGCCUGUCCUCCGCACUGCCCCCAUACCUCCAGGUCACCAUCGCUAUUGUUGUAAUAGCUGCCAUUAGAGCAGAUGAUACAAUUAUCGUUCCAUUUUGUGUUCCCUCUCUCUAAGGUCUAUGUUGAGCUUCUAAGCUCUUCAAAGGUUUUUUAGAUGACAUGACUGUUGUAACCUCUGGGUGACUCUUGCAUCAAAAGAGACAAAAUGUCUCAGAAAGAAAAAGGUAUUUUAAUCAUGAUUGCUCAGUGUAUGUGCAUCCAUACACUGACGGGAGAAGUAUUCAGGUCUUUUUACUAAGGUGAAAGUAUCAACACCAAGUAAUCUUACUCAAGAAAGUGUAUUAAAAGUAUCAAUGUAAAAGUGCUUCUUCAGAGAAAUGGCUACAGUGACUGAUAUUGUAUUAAAUAUCACAGUAUUAGAUUCCUGUGAAUGUAGCAUUUUACUGUUGUAGUUUGUUAAGCUGGAGCUAAUUGCACCUACCUUAUAUACAGUUUAGUUUAAUCUGUAACAAUGUUCUGUAUUUUAUGAACCCAUCAUGAUUAUUUAUGUAAAAUACUAACAUGUAAAGUAUCUUGUAAGUAUAGAUGUCAAAUACAUUUAGUAAAAAUUAUUUUAUUAUUUUACUAUAUUUGCAUCUACCUUUGGAGUAAAAGUAUAAGUAAGAGUAGCAUGGAACUAAGUGACAUACUUGAGUAAAUGUAUUUUGUUUCCUUCCAUCACUGCAUCUACAUCAGUAUUGCAGCUUCGUGUUUAUGGUAAUCUAUAAUUACUGCUCAGUCUCAUGAUUUUAACAGUGCCACUGCAUCAUGGUGAAAAACUAUUUAGGUCUUUUCCUUAAGUAAAAGAAGGAACACCAUACUUUACAAAUACACAAUCACAACUAAAAGUCCUGGAUUGAAAAGAAUAAAAGCAUAUACUUAUAUAUACUUUUAAAUAUUUGAUUAUUUGAUUAUUCCUGCUGAUCAUAGACGUGAUGUGACUCAUCAUAUGUUUUGUUUGUAAAAAGUUAAAUUUGAAAAGUAACUAGUUACCAUAACCAAUGUGGAGUAAAUACUAUAUACUACAAUACUAUGAAUGAUAGUACAAUUCUGAGAUGUAUGGAAAUACUGCAGUAAAGUACAAAUAUUUCAAAGUUGUACUUUAAUAUAGUAUUUAAGUAAAUGUACUUAUUCCACUGCUUGAACUCA